AUAACGCAUCGAUCUGGCAACCUAGCAGCUGAUUUAGUUUGCAAAUUUUAGUUUUGUUUAGUUUUAUUUGUUUAUUGCUUGUGUUUUCUUUAAAAUUCAUUAACUAUUCAAAUGCAACCAUGAACAACAACUGGCCGGGUGACGAUGAUGAAUUCGACUUGGCACUAAAUGAUAAUGAACUAGAAAAACUAUUGAUUGCUGCCUCACAGCCUCAUCCAACCCAACAAAAACAGCAGCAAAGGCAGCAGCCGCCACAAACUGAGAAGUCGGAGUUCGAGGGAUUUAAUGAGAGUGCUGGAGAAACAUGGCUCUAUCCAAGCAAUCUGCCACUACGCGCCUAUCAGCACAGCAUUGUGCAAUCAGCUCUCUAUCGCAACACAUUGGUAGUGCUGCCGACGGGUCUCGGCAAGACAUUUAUUGCAGCCGUUGUGAUGUACAAUCUGCAUCGUUGGUAUCCCGAUGGCAAACUGAUUUUUAUGGCGCCCACACGCCCAUUGGUCUCGCAGCAGAUCGCCGCCUGCCAAAAGAUAAUGCCCUUCCCAGCUGACGACACCGUCGAGCUAACGGGGCGUUUGCCGCGCGCCAAACGCGCUGAACUCUGGAUGAGCAAGCGUGUCUUCUUUGCCACACCACAAGUGGUGCAAUCCGAUAUGCUGGACACCGGCGAUGGCCUGCAGUUCCCCUUCGACGCUAUCAAGCUACUGGUGGUCGACGAGGCGCAUCGGGCCAAGGGACGCUAUGCCUAUACUCAGGUGACGGAGUCGAUUAUGGCUCGCAAUCGCAACUUUCGCAUGCUGGCGUUGUCCGCAACUCCGGGACGGAGUAUGGAUGAUGUAGCGAGUGUGUGUCGAAAUCUGUACAUAUCGCAUCUGGAGGUGCGCUGGGAUCAGUCCAUCGAUGUGCAGCCAUAUAUACAUCAGCGUAGCCUGCGCACCAUUGUUGUUCCUCUCAAGGAUACCAUUAGAGAAACACGCGCCAGCCUGCUACAGAUCAUUGAUCCCUAUCUGCGUCAGCUCAUCGCCGCCGAUGUGCUAAAGAAUGCACGCGGCAACAUCUCACGCAACAGUCUAUUGUUCGAUCAGAAUCGCUUCCAGGAGCAGACGGCCAACGGACAACGUCAUCCGGAGCAGAGCACCAUCACCAGUAACUUCUCCAUAUGCAUCAGCUUGUACCAUUCGCUUGAGCUGCUGGAACGACAUGGCUUGCGUGUGUUUGUCAACAAUUUUGAUGCGGAUGAGCGAGGCAACCUCAAGUUUGUACUACGUGAUGCGGCACUGAGAGAUUUAGUGGAGCAGACACGAGGACAGCUGGGCGCCAAUCCUUUGGAUAUUUCAACACGUCCUAUGACCAAUGGCGAGGUGGCGCCAAUGCCAGCGAAACUGGACUUUGGACAUCCCAAAUACGAGCAGGCUCGUCUGGUGAUGGAACUCCACUUCGAGGUGAAUCCCAAUUCCCGUGCCAUUGUCUUCUGCGAGUAUCGUGAGUCCGUGAUGCUGAUUCAACGUUUACUCCUGCAGCACAGACCUCUAGUGCGACCGCGUUGCUUUGUGGGUCAGAGCAGCAAUGGAGGCGGCAUUUGUGCGCUCACCCAGAAGGAGCAGCUGCAGAUUAUGUCCGACUUUCGCAGCGGCAUCUGCAAUGUCCUGGUGGCGACCUCCAUCGGCGAGGAGGGAUUAGACGUGGGUGAAGUGGAUCUGAUUGUCUGCUUCGAUAUCUGCAGCUCGAAUCCCACGCGCUUUGUGCAACGAAUUGGACGCACGGGUCGCCAAAAGCGCGGUCAGGUGGUUAUGCUGGUGACCGAAGGACGUGAACAGCAGCUGCUGAAAGAGGUGCUGGCCAACAAGGAUCAAACGACACGCAAGCUGCUGCAAUCGCCGGUGGUCAAGAGAUCACUCUACGAAUAUGCGCCACGUCUUGUGCCACCGCAUUUGCAUCCGAAGUGCGAGCAGCGUUUCAUGGAACCAGCGCCGGCAGCAGUAGCAAAGUGCAAAACGCCUUCGCCAAAGGGCAAAGCACGCAAGCAGCAGAAGGAACCGACAGUAAGGUGUCACGAUCUCCGCAAGUUCUUCAAGCAGAGCGAAGACAAGUUUCUGCAAGGCGAGUACACUUAUCAGGCCAGCGAGGAGUCGCAGCGUAUGCUGCAACAGCAGGUGGCACGGCACAGUGUCAAUGUCCAGAACUUUCUGGGCGACACACAAGCAACUGCUGCCACCACAAGCAACGUUCCCGCCACAAGCAACGUUCCCACCACAAGCAACAUUACCGCAACUGGCAUCUCGGCCACAACCAGCAGCAACAGCGUCUCAAGCGCCUUGGGCAGCAGUCAGGAGGAGACGCAACGGUUUCGCAAACUGACGCGACUGCUGCAGGCCAGCAAACCAUUGGUUAGCGAGUCACUGCGCAACCAAGAUCUAAUGGCACAGCUGCAGGACAAACAGUUACCACAAGCACUUAAGUUAUUUCUGCUCCAAUCGAAUGCAUGUUUUGUGCGCGAUAUCCAUGACAAAAUGCAGCAGCAGCUGGCGUUGCAGUUGCCAGAGUCGCGUCUCAAUUCGCGACAACAGCGCACGAGGCGCAUCCAUGAGCUUGUGGAGACUGUGUGCGCUGGCCAAAUGGAGCAGCUCCUUCAGCCAGCGACAUCUUGCGCCGAAUUAACGCUAAAAGAGCUGCGCCAGCCGCUGGAAAAGCAGCGACAAAAGCGCUUUGAGGCUGUGUGUGAUGAUAUCUUUAGAGAUCUAAAGGAGCAAGGUGUUGGCGCUGAUAAUUAUGAGCUGGUGCAUCAGCAAUUGGAGCAGCUGGAAUUGCGUCGCUUGGAACAGACCAUGAAGGAGCAGCUGCCCAAUGAAUCUUCGUGCAUUUACGAUCAGUGGGCAGAAGAUGUGUCUGAAGAGGAGGAGGAGGAGCAGGCAACGGAGUUGCUGCCCAACUGUUCAGUGUACAAAAGUCAAUGGCAAGAGUUUGUCCAACAUGGAAAUCAAGAUGAAGUGCCGCACAGUUCAACGCCAGUGCGCAUUAAGCCGCAUCUAAAUGACAGCUCAGUGGUGGUCUGCAGCCAGCUGAGCUCCAAUUUGAGUCGGUUGAAUUGUGUUAUGAGUGCGGCAAGCGCGCCACUCCAGCAAAAGUUACAAAAAACAAUGGCCAAGAACUCGCUGUUGGAUGCGCUCGAUGAGAAUCUAUCUGACUUUGAUCAGCUGACUGAGGAUGUUGAUGAGGCGGCCAAAGUCAAGGCGGAGACGUUAACGGCGCCCGACAUGAGUACGCCGGACGCAAUCGAUAUAGAUCUCAACUAUUUCCUGGAACCGCUGCCCGAGGAGGAGCUGCUACAGCAGUCGGGCUCCAAGGAAACUCAAUCAGCAGUUACUCCACGUAAUCUUUCGCCAGAUCUGUUUGCCGAGGAUUCCAUGUCGCCCUGGCUGCCGCCAACAACAGCAACAGUAUCCGCUGUUGCUGUUGCUAAACCUGCUCCCGCUCCUGCCAAGAGUUUGGCCGCCAAGCUCGCAGCGAAAACAAUUAAAGCUGAACCGGCGCUGCAAUCACCUGAACACAGAAAACGCUGUACGCCUGUUGGCGCUGAGAAAUCACCGAGCAUAUUCGAGAAUUAUCUGCAGCGCAUGCGAGGACGUGGUCAGCUCUCUAGGGCGGCACAGAGACUGCAUUCCAUGAGCAGUGGCAUAACGAAAGUGCCACAAAAUGAAGCUGUGGUCAACUCCGGUCAGGAGGACGAUUCGCCAAUUAUGCGAAAUCGCCCAGCCAAGCGUAAGAUCUAUGUCAUCUCUGAUGACGAUGACGAACAGCAGGAGAAUAAACCAGUGCCAGUUACGCAGCUACUCGAUGAUAGCUACGAGCACGUGCCCGCCACACAAGUGGAUCUAUUGACGCCCCCAAGACGGAAUUCCCGACAAAAACGCCCCAAAUUUAAUUCUUUUAUACUGCAAGAGGCGGACCUAAGUGGCUCCGAUCAUGGAGAAGACGAGGAUGCGGAGCAGACAAUCGGCACGUAUCUGAAAGACUCUGUUGUUGUGUCUAGCGGGGAUGAGGAUGAGCACAAUGACACCGAUGUGCAUGCCAUAUACCUACAAGCGGUUCGGAGUCCCAUACAGCGACCUGGUGCAUUUAAGAUUCCACCGCCGCGCGUUUAUCACGACGAAUCGAUUUACUCACAGCCAGUGGAUGUGGAACCAUCGCAAUAUUAUCCCUGCUCAUUCAUUGCGAAUGAUGAGAGCACAACAGUUGUGGAUGCUCACGACGUCUCGGAGUGUCCGCUGGAGCGGGCAGAGCGCAUUCUAAAGGAGGAGCGACGUGAGCGACGGCUGCUAAAACGUGGAGCAGCUGCAGCUCCGAUAGUGGGCAGAGUUGUGCCAAAGCGACGACGUGCCAUUCAUGUAAUCGAAGAUUCUAGCGAUGAGGAUGAUGGCAUAUUAAUCCACUGACAGUUCGAGAUCCAGUGCCAUUCUAGUGUAUAUAAUUGUAAAGUUCCUUGUUGCAU